UUUCUCUCUCUCUCCCUCCGUCACCUCAUCAUUCAUCACUCCUCCAUCACUCCUUCAUCAGGGACCGCACAGCGCACCGAACCGAACCCGCCCCGCCGCAACGCGCCUCUAACUAAAGCAGGUCAUCAUGUCCAGAAAGGUUGUCCGGACCAGCAAGUUCCGUCACGUCUUUGGCCAGGGCGUGAAGGCCGACCAGUGCUACGAUGACAUCAGGAUCUCUCAGAUGACCUGGGACAGCAACUUCUGCUCGGUCAACCCCAAGUUUGUGGCCAUGAUUGUGGACGCCAGCGGAGGGGGGGCCUUCAUCGUCCUGCCGCUCGGCAAGACGGGCCGCAUCGACAUGUCCAACCCCACCGUGUGUGGACACACCGGCCCGGUGCUGGACAUCGAGUGGUGCCCUCACAACGACAACAUCAUUGCCAGCGGCUCCGAGGACUGCAGCGUCAUGAUCUGGGAGAUUCCGGAAGGCGGUCUGACGACCCCUCUGAAGGACCCAGUGGUGAAGUUGGACGGUCACUCUAAACGUGUGGGCAUUCUUAGCUGGCACCCCACGGCACACAACGUCCUGAUGACGGCAGGCUGCGAUAACGUGGUGAUCCUGUGGAACGUGGCCCGCGGCGAGGCCGUGGUGAGGAUGGACUCCGUACACACCGACCUGAUCUACAGCGCCUGCUGGAACAGCGACGGUUCGCAGAUCCUCACGUCCUGCAAGGACAAGAAGCUGCGCGUGCUGAACCCGCGCAAGGGCACCGUCAUCGCCGAGAAGGAGAAGCCUCACGAGGGCUCGAGGCCGGUCAGGGCUGUGUUUGUGUCCGAGGGUAAAAUCCUGACCACCGGAUUCAGCCGCAUGAGUGAGAGACAGGUGGCGCUGUGGGACCCGAACAGCUUUGAUGAGCCGCUCACCCUGCAGGAGCUGGACACCAGCAGCGGCGUCCUGCUGCCCUUCUUCGACCCGGACACGGGCAUCAUCUACCUGUGUGGAAAGGGUGACAGCAGCAUUCGAUACUUUGAAGUGACGGACGAGGCUCCCUACGUGCACUACCUGUCCAUGUACAGCAGUAAAGAAAGCCAGAAGGGAAUGGGCUACAUGCCUAAGAGAGGACUAGAGGUCAACAAGUGUGAAAUCGCCAGAUUUUAUAAACUGCAUGAGCGGAAGUGUGAGCCCAUCGUCAUGACCGUACCACGCAAGUCCGACCUGUUUCAGGAAGACCUGUACCCCGACACGGUUGGUCCGGACUCGUCGGUCGAGGCUGACGAGUGGUUUGCAGGGAAAGAGGGUAAACCCAUCCUGAUCUCACUGAAGGAUGGCUUUGUUGCCACUACUAAGAACAAAGAGUUUAAAGUCAUCAAGAGCCUCAUGUCCACCCCGUCGGCCUCCGGUGGACUGAAGCAAACCAACGGAGCGGAUGUGCAGGCUCUGCAGAGCGAGGUGAAGGAGCUGAGAGAGAUGGUUGAGGAGCUGACCAAGCGAGUGAGUGAGCUGGAGAGCAAGAGAUGAAGAAGAGCAGAAUAAUGAAACGAGUGUAGAAUGAACAAAUGAGUGUUUUUAAAAGCUAAGAGUGAGUUAGGGUGAGUGAGUGAGCGAGUGAGAUAGAGAUGAGGAGAGAGAGAGAUUUAUGUUGCAGCUUUUUACAAACCAAAUAUUGCUCUUCAGGGAUUUUUAAUAAUGUCUUUUUUAAUAUAUGUCUCAAAACAAUUGAAAUAAAUGUCUGAUUUUA